CUGGCUCUGCGCUGUCUGUCUGUUGUCACUGUUGUCGGUAUGUUCGUAAUAAGGACUGAUUCACUCAUCUUAGAAAAAUAAGUUACGUCCUGUGAUAAUAAUGAGCAGAGUGCAUUUUCUUCCAAUAGAAAAUUAUACAUUUACAACUCUUUAACCUGUAUUUCUGGUCGCCAAAAUGACCACGACGUUGAAUGAAUUUACAGUUUAUAGUUUUUUAAUUUUUGUAAUCAAUGUUGUUCUAUGCGAUUCUUUUGCUUAUCCCGAUCAAGGAAAAUGGGAUUUUCAAUUAGACAAGCAAAAUGAUGAGGUGGCAGUUGUCAAAAGUCUAUUCAAAGAAUCAGAAAUACGCAUCCAAAUAUCAUGCGAGAGCCAAAACAUUUCAAAACCAGCCAUGCUGUCGAUUGCUUGGUCUCUAACUGAAGUCACCUGUUGGAGAGACUAUCUCAAUAUCAAUGAAGCGCUGAGCAGAAGUAUUUCACCCAAUGACCUCCAGAGAGCUCUUGGCAACACGUCCUUCUACACGAUGCCGGUUCCUCCAGAAAAACACGAAUGCACUCAUAAUAUUCAGCUCAAGGAGCUCACAAUAGCAGACCCCUCAACGUCAGACUCCCAUCCUUCUGAGAUGCUGUCAGAGGGAGCAGGGCCACAUGGAAUGCCUUUGAGUCCAGCCGAAGAAGCGGGCUCCAAGAAGAAGAGGAAUAUAGGACAAACUCUAAAAAACAUUCACACUCUGACAUCGUCGCCGCCAGUGUUCAAGGUGACCAAAGAUGGGUUCUAUAUGUUGACUCUGCAGAUAACUUCAGACCUUCCGUUUUCUGCUGAUGUCCACAUCGAGAUGAAAGGCAAACAAGGCUACCUAUCUGCUGCUGACUGGCCUCUCCUCCCGUUCUACGGUGCCAUGUGCCUGGUGUAUGUGGUGCUGGGUCUGGCGUGGCUGAUCGUGUCAUUCCUGCAGUGGCGAGACUUGCUGCGGAUCCAGUUCUGGAUCGGAGGAGUCAUCCUACUGGGCAUGCUGGAGAAGGCAAUGUUUUAUGCAGAGUAUCAGAGCAUCAACACAACGGGAGUCUCUUCUUCUCGAGCUGUACUAUUGGCAGAACUGGUGAGCUGUGGUAAGCGAACCCUGGCACGCAUGCUGGUUAUCAUCGUCAGUCUUGGCUUUGGUAUUGUCAAGCCUCGGCUGGGACCCAUGCUGCAUCGCACCGUGGCUACAGGCAUCCUUUAUUUCCUGCUGGCCGCCUCAGAGGCGUACCUGAGGGUUAUGAAGCCCAAGUCGGACCCGGCCAAUCAGAUGUUGGUUGCCAGUGUUCCCCUUGCUGUUCUCGACAGUGCAAUCUGUUGGUGGAUAUUCACCAGUCUCGUUCAGACCACACGCACGCUUCGCUUGAGAAGGAACUUGGUGAAGUUGAACCUGUACAGACAUUUCACGAACACUCUCAUCUUCGCAGUGAUUGCAUCCGUCAUCUUCAUGCUGUACUCCAUCAAGGCUCAUUACCUCGUGAGCUGCUUCACAGCUUGGAAAGAGCUGUGGAUAGAUGAUGCGUACUGGAAGCUUCUGUUUUCAGUCAUCCUUCUGGUAAUCAUGAUCCUCUGGAGGCCGACCAACAACAACCAGAGAUAUGCCUUCACUCCUCUCCUAGACGCACCUGAGGAUGGUGAUGAUGAAGAAGAAGAAUAUUUUGUCAGUGAUGCAUAUGGAGUGAAAAUGAGGGGUGGCCUGAACUCAGGAGCCAGCUCUCCCAAACCCAAACUCUCAACCAA